CAGGGCUUGUCAUGUUGAACAUAGUGGAUAAACUGAAAGAAAAAAAUACACACACGUAUCUUGCUUGUCUUGUUGGUUAUCUGUUGCAAAGCUUAUAUAAAAUGAUCAAGCUUUUAACUUGUAGGGAAACGGAAAAGAAAGAAAGAAAUGGGGAUGGAGAAGAUGAAGAAGAAGGGUGUUUGCAGUGUUUAUGUUUUGGUGGUUCUGACAGUCUGGUUGACUGAUCUGGGAAUUGAAGGAAGAGGAGUGUCUGUCUUGGAGAAACAUGGAAAACCCAGUUCAGGAUUUGGCUUUGGUUUCACCAAAUCUUUCAACUCUAUUUAUGAUAGUUCAAGAUAUGGGAUUUUUCAACUCAACAAUGGCUUGGCUCUAACUCCUCAAAUGGGAUGGAAUAGCUGGAAUUUCUUUGCCUGUAAUAUCACUGAAGAUCUUAUCAAGGAAACAGCGGAUGCACUUAUCUCAACAGGCUUGGCUGAUUUAGGCUAUGUGUAUGUUAAUAUAGAUGAUUGCUGGUCUGGUGCCAGUCGAAAUUCGGAGGGUCAAUUGGUCCCUGAUCCAAACACAUUUCCAUCAGGAAUUAAAGCUGUUGCUGAUUAUGUACAUGGGAAGGGCCUCAAGCUUGGUAUUUAUUCUGAUGCUGGGGCAUUUACAUGUCAAGUUCGACCUGGAUCACUUUUGCACGAAACUGAUGAUGCUCAGCUGUUUGCUUCUUGGGGUGUAGAUUAUUUGAAGUAUGAUAACUGUUUCAACCUGGGUAUUGACCCAAAGAAAAGAUAUCCUCCGAUGCGUGACGCUCUAAAUGCAACUGGGCGAACAAUUUUCUAUUCUAUUUGUGAAUGGGGUGUUGAAGACCCUGCCUUAUGGGCUCAUGGAGUUGGAAAUAGCUGGCGUACGACGGAUGACAUUAAUGACACAUGGGCAAGCAUGACCACAAUAGCUGAUCUGAAUGACAAGUGGGCUUCCUAUGCAGGACCUGGUGGAUGGAAUGAUCCUGAUAUGCUGGAAGUUGGCAAUGGAGGCAUGACUUAUCAAGAGUACCGUGCUCAUUUUAGCAUUUGGGCUUUGAUGAAGGCCCCUCUUUUGGUUGGAUGUGAUGUAAGAAGCAUGACUAACGAAACCUUCGAGAUACUAAGCAAUAAGGAGGUUAUUGCUGUAAACCAAGACUCGCUUGGUGUUCAGGGACGCAAAGUCUAUGCUACUGGAGAAAAUGACUGCCUUCAGGUUUGGGCAGGUCCUUUGUCUGGAAAUCGCUUGGUCGUUGCUCUCUGGAAUCGAUGUUCAAAAGCUGCAACUAUAACAGCUAAGUGGGAGGCACUCGGUCUUGAAUCUAGCACCAGUGUCUCAGUUAGAGAUUUGUGGCAGCAUGAAGAUCUUACGGAAAAAGCUGUGGCAUCAUUUGGUGCUAAAGUUGAUUCUCAUGACUGUCACAUGUACAUUUUCACUCCUACAACAAAAGCUCACUCAGAGAUUUAGGUUGUUCAUACCAGUAGACAUCUGGAGGUUUGUGCUGCUGUAUGUAUCAGCAACAUUGUAGUCUUUUAAGCAUUCGUUGUUAAGAAAACAGAUACCCAGUGUUGUAAAUGAUGUCUAUGAGAAGUGGUUGGUGCCUAAGAACUUUUACUGGUUAUGGAAUGGAAACCUGUAGCUCCAUAUCAACAUAUCCUACCAAUGCAUGUAAUUUAGGUCA